UCCGUUCCAGGUGACUCCCAUUUCCACUCUGACAGCAGUUCAGUCGCAGGGAGGCGAAGCUACAGGCUAGUCCGUCUGGAGCGCAGCUAGCUGACGCAGCAGCAUCUAGCAACAGUUAGCGGUGGGGUUUAGUUAGCUGUUAGGAGGAAUUGGGUGUGAGUGUCUGUAAGGCUUCGGUGAUUAUUGUUUACAAUGAAGAAAUUAAAAAGGCCCGCAUCCUGACGUCCGCAUUGUGGUCAAUGACGGUCUGUCGCGGCGUUGGUGACUGACAUGGACGCUAGUGACAAUAAGGAUGUGAAGCUUUCAGCCGAAGUGGAACCGUUCAUCCCACAGAAGAAAGGUCUCGAAGGAUCUCUCGUCAGCAUGAGCCUUUCUGGAGAGGCAGGCGGAGGAGGAGGGGGCGGAGGUAUAGGAGGAAGCAACGGAGGGGUCGAAACCACUCCCAUACCCAGCUACCUCAUCACCUGCUACCCUUUCGUCCAAGAGAACCAACCCAACAGGCAACAUCCAAUGUAUAAUGGAGGGGAGCUGCGCUGGCAGCAGCCUAACCCCAGCCCUGGUGGUUCGUACCUGGCCUACCCCAUCCUGUCUUCCCCCCAGCCUCCUGUCUCCAAUGACUAUGCUUACUACCAGAUCAUGCCUGCUCCGUGCCCACCUGUGAUGGGCUUCUACCAGCCCUUCCCUGGCACAUAUGCAGGUCCUGUGCAAGCUGGAGUGGUUAACCCCGUCUCAGCAGAUGUCAGUGAAAGACCGCUGCCUCUGGGGCCUGCUUAUGGGAUGGCCAGUCAGAGGGGGAGAGGCAUGAUCCGACCUAAUGUUCUCCCAAAGCAGCAGUUGGGUAUCUGCCAACCCCCCAGAGGUCGCCGGCCUCCAACCAGGAGUGUAGCUGUGCAGAAGGAGGUUUGCACUUUGGGGCCUGAUGGAAGGACCAAGACAGUCAUGCUGGUGGAUGCAGCCCAGCAGACUGAUUUUCCUGGCGAGGUGUCAAGUCGGGGUGCUGCUGAGCGGGCGAGUCCCCUGCUGUGGAAAAACCGAACAAAGAGAAGACGAGCAUCACAUCCAGGCGAAAUCUACAACGAGCAGGGUGCCAGUGAAGCAGAUAUAGACAGUGACAGCGGCUACUGUAGCCCCAAACACAACCAGGGGGCAGGGGCAGCGCAGCGAACAGCAGAGAAUACAGCAGCACCAACAGGAGUGGAGGCUGGUGUAAUGACAGCAGGUACCUGGGUGAAUGUAGCCUCUCAGGCUGCCCCGAAGGCCUGGGGGGACAGGAACGGCCAGUUUCACAGAGCAGACCAGCGGAAGAAUCCUGAACAGAGAAACUUCUCACAGGAUUUCCACAGUGGCUAUCCAGGACGUGUGCCGCCCAACCAGCCAGAGCAAAGACUGCAGCCAGCGGGGGUCACUGGCACUGAGCUCACCCCAGAGCCUCUCUACUUUGAGGAUGAAGAUGAGUUCCCAGAUCUGGCUACAGGAGGGGCUGUUCAGCACAACACCAAACCAGAAUCUGCUGCAGCCCAGACACACACACAGCCGAAACUGCCCAAAAACCUGCUGGAUAACCUUCCAGAAAACUCUCCUAUCAACAUUGUGCAGACACCCAUCCCCAUCACCACCUCUGUUCCCAAGAGGGCCAAGAGCCAGAGGAAGAAGGCUCUGGCUGCUGCCUUGGCCACUGCACAGGAGUACUCUGAGAUCAGCAUGGAACAGAAGAAAUUACAGGAGGCAUUCACAAAAGCAGCUGGGAAGAAGAGUAAAACCUCUGUGGAGCUGGACCUGGGAGACAUGUUGGCAGCUUUGGAGAAACAUCAGCAAGCUAUGAAGGCCAGACAGCUCACCAAUACCAAGCCACUGUCUUUUACAGUUGGAACAACUACUCCAUUCCACGGUUCAGGCUCCACCAACGUGCCGUCCAUGUUGAAGGGUCAUCAGCAGCCGUACUCUUCCCCACAUAAUUCUCUGGAUUCCACUGCACCGCGUAUCAAGAGAGGGAAGGAGAGAGAAAUCCCUAAAGUGAAACGGCCAACAGCUCUUAAGAAGAUUAUCUUGAAGGAACGUGAGGGGAAGAAAGGGAAGACGAGUGUAGAACAAGAGUCUUCAGGCCAGGAGGAGCAUGGAGAAGAAAGUCUACAUUUUACAGAUGAUCUUCCACGAGAGCCUGCCUCCCAAGAAGGUGACGACAACGGUCUGAGCGUGCCCAGUGAUGCUUCCCUCUCUCCGGCCAGUCAGAACUCUCCGUAUAGCAUCACCCCAGUAUCCCAGGGCUCUCCUGCCAGCUCAGGCAUUGGGAGUCCAAUGGCUUCGAAUGCCAUCACCAAGAUCCACAGCCGACGUUUCAGGGAGUACUGUAACCAAGUGCUGAGUAAAGAGAUCGACGAGAGCGUGACGCUGCUCCUGCAGGAACUGGUUCGGUUCCAGGAGCGGGUCUACCAGAAGGAUCCCACCAAGGCCAAAUCCAAGCGCCGCCUGGUCAUGGGUCUCAGAGAGGUCACCAAGCACAUGAAGCUGCACAAGAUCAAGUGUGUCAUCAUCUCUCCCAACUGUGAGAAGAUCCAGGCCAAAGGUGGUUUGGAUGAAGCCUUAUACAAUGUGAUUGCCAUGGCUCGGGAGCAGGAGAUCCCAUUUGUGUUUGCUCUGGGCAGAAAGGCUCUUGGACGCUGCGUCAACAAGCUAGUGCCUGUUAGUGUGGUCGGCAUUUUCAACUAUUCUGGAGCAGAGGGUCUCUUCAACCGACUGGUGUCUCUGACAGAAGAGGCGAGGAAGGCCUACAAGGACAUGGUGUCAGCUCUGGAGCAGGAGCAGGCAGAGGAGGCUCUGAAAAACGACAAGAAAGUCCCGCACCACAUGGGCCAUUCCCGCAACCACUCUGCUGCUUCUGCUAUCUCCUUCUGCUCCAUCUUCUCUGAGCCCAUCUCAGAGGUCAAUGAGAAGGAGUACGAGACCAACUGGAGAAGUAUGGUGGAGACUUCAGAUGCCCUGGAGCCUGUGGAGCCUGAGCCGAGUCGUCCUACACCUCCCACAGCCGCCCAGAAAGACAUUGAGGCUCCAGCAGCCACCACCCCCGCCACUGCCCCUCCUGCCGCCACUGCUCCCCCACCCAGGACAGGGCUCCUCACACAGGGUACCGGCGAGAGAGACGAGGUCCGAGUCGAUGACCGGCUGGAGCUGGCAUCUCAGCAGAGCACAGAGACGGGCUCAUUGGAUGGGAGCUGCAGGGGCCCACUAAACUCCUCCAUCACCUCCACGACCUCCACCUUGGUCCCUGGGAUGUUGGAGGAGGCAGAGGAGGAGGACGAGGAGGAGGAGGACUACACACCUGAACCUAUUUCUGUGGAGGUGCCCACUCUGAGCAGCCGCAUCGAAUCCUGGGUGUCAAAGACCCUGGAAAACCUGCAGCUGGGAAAGAGCCAGGAGAGUACAGAGGAGGAGGAGGAGGAAGAUGACGAAGAGGAAGAUGACGAAGAGGAGAGAGGGCAGAGCGAGGACGAGGAGGACCUCUCUUCAGCGGACAUCACAGAGACGGUGAUUGAGGGCAAAGAGCAAGUGGAGGUGAAGAAGGUCGCCGGUUGAUAGCACCUCUGUUCUUACAUACACCCAUUCCCUCUGUCGCACUCACGCAUCCAUCUUCACAGCAGCCAGCAGUGUUUCUCCUCUGUCUCUAACCCCUGACACCAGACAUAAUCUCAGGUAUCCAACCAACUGACCAAUGCAUACACACAUACACCUUUAAAACAUUACGGAAAAACCGACCAACAUACAAACACAUAGCAUUGCCGACCAAACGACGACUAACACAGUUUGAGGGAUUAGUUAUUGAAACCAACGCUCACCUGGUAAUUUAAACUGACGCCCUCACUACUUCUUCUGCCCAUAACCUGCUACACUUGAAUUCAGAGGGAAGUCUUAGACUUUCCUCCUCCGAAACUGAACUCCUUGAGAGUCGGGACGUUUUUGGGAGCAAGUGAUGAGCGCUGACAUGUUGAACUGCUGUCUGUAGCUCACAGACGAGGAAGGUUUCGGCUCCCAUCUUAAUUAACUUUACACAGAGCUCAGAAGGUUUACAGCUCUGCAAGUAUUUGUGUGCGUGUGAGUGCGUGUGUGUGUGUUUUGCAGGCACAUAGUUUGCAUUUACUUUGCCGUGUUCAUUAGCUUUAUCUCUGUAAAUAAUGUGUGUAUGUGUUUUCUUUUCACCUGUCUGAUCUGAGAGUAAAGGAGGGACAUUGCUUUUUUAAUUACUGCUUGGUUAGCUUUCCUAAUAUUACAGUGUCAGGGGUUCUGUCUUUGUACCAAAACCACUCCCGCCUGUCGGUCUUCAGAGAGUGUUUCGUAAUGUUGAAAUAAUAAGUGACCCAUUCUGUGUUCAGAUGAUUCAAACAACUUAACUUCUAAGAAGCAAAACAAGCUUUGUGUAUAUAUAACCUUGUCUAUGUGGUUCUACUGCAGUAUGUAAUGAUUUGUCAUACUGAUCUUGCCCAGUGUGAAACUGUUUGGGGUAGUUUUUCCUCCAACUGGAAUUGUCUUGAGUUCCUCGAUGCUGUUUGUGCUUCAUAAAUAAGUGCUCCUGUUUUGUUCUGGUGGUGUUUGUUGUCUAAUGGGGUGCUCUCAAGCUGUCUCUUACUUGCUAAUGAGCUAACACCAUUUUUAAAAGCCUGUUUAUCAAGUGUGUCAACAUUUUUAAAGGAUAAGUUCACCCAAAAAUGAAAUUUCAGUCAUUGUCCAUUCACCUCCAUGCUGAUGGAAAGUCAGGUGACGUUUCGUAGUCCAAAACAAACCGACAUUGAAGCAUUUGCCCAAGCAACUGAAGAAGCUGGGGACUUGUUUUAAAAUGUAAAACGGAACUGAAAAUGAUUCCAUCCAGCUAAUGUAGUGUAACCCAAGUCUCCAAAAACCCCUGAGACACCAAACUGAUUUGAAAAGAAGUUAUUUACACCUUUUUAAAGCUAAGUUGAGCUAAAAUUGAUUGUGCACUUUGUCUGAAGUGGAUGCACAAGCAAAACCACAAAUCAAGGGUGUAAAAGUAUUUUCAAAUCAGUUUGCGAUCUUGGAGAUUUGGGUUUCAACCGAUGAGCAGUCUAGAGCCAUUACUGGUUUCUUUUUGUUGUUUUAGAACAAGUCUCCAGCUACUUCAGUCGUUAAGAGCAAUGCUUCAACUCUGUUUUGCUGUGAAGCUUCUGAAAUGUAUUGUGGACUACACAACCUCAACUGACUUUUCAUUUGCAUGAAGGUGAGUUGGUAAUGGCUGAAUUUAAAUUUAGGGGGAACUCUUAAGUUCAAGUCCUUUCACCCAGAAAAAAAGAUUUUUUUUUCUUUUUUUUCUUUUUUUAUUUAGAAAAAAGAAAAACGGUUUGACAGAGAACUUUUGUUUUUUUUUCAAAUCAUCGACUGUUUAAUUGAAAACUUAAACCACAUCAACGAAUAGGAAAUGCAAGUGUUUACUGGUAUUAAAGGUCCCAUAUUAUGAUCAUUUUCAGGUUCAUACUUAAGUUGUCUACUAGAAAAUGUUUACAUGCUUUAAUGUUCAAAAAACACUUGAUUUUUCUCUCUGUUCACCCACUGUCUGAAUGCUCUGUUUUAGCGCCUAUCUCUUUAGGACCCACCCCCCCAGAAGGCCCACUCUAAUCUGAUUGGUCAGCUCUUGCAAGCCUGAGCAGGCACCACCCAACUUGUUUCUGCCUCAGGAUGCAGCUUUGAAGGCACAGUUUCUGAAUUUCUCUGUGCAAUCUUUUAUAAUUUACAGUAUUUUUAUAUCACCUAGACCUGCUUUAUAAUCAGAAGACAUGGAAAUCUUACUUUCUGCAGUAUGGGACCUUUAAUCAAAUUUACCAAUAGCCAAGUUUACAAAAAGAAUCUGAUGUUCGAACACAACUGAAUUGACUCCUUGUAGAGCUCUUCUAGAGCGUGGAGACAAAUUUAGUCAGCAUCGUCUCUGACUGGGUCAGAGUCACCACUGGAAGUCAAACAAGUCGUCACAAAGUCGUGCACAUGCUCAUGAUGAACCCUUGUAAAUACAAGUGUACAAAAGAGAUUUUGAUUUUGCAUUGUAUUAAAAAAAAUACAAUCAUCCUGUUCUUAAAGCCAUUUGAUAGUUUUAACAUUUAAACAGUUGGAAUCCAAUUUGAUAACGGUAUAUGAGAGCGAAGCAUGCCGAGAACACAGCCAGUUGAUGGUGAUGUUGGCAGCGUGUGUACAGUAAAUGCAGUAUGUCGGGCUGUAUGCAAUGUGAAGCCGUGUGAUGGGAGACGACAGUGUACUGGAUAUCAUGCUCACGAAAGUGUUCUAUCUGGUUUGAUAGAAGGUACGCUGUGUGCAGGCUUUUUGUUGCUCUGACUUCCAUCAAAAAGUGUUUGAAGUAUGUUCAUUGACAGCGAGUGUUUUUUGCACUAUGUAAAUACGUACUGGUAAAGGUCUUGUAACUAAUGUGAACAAAAAAAAAUCAAAACAAAACAAACAAAAAAAACGGUUCAAUGAAGUACUUUUUCAGCGUGUUCUUCGUCUUUAUAUGGAUAUUUAAGACCGUCUCCUUCCAACUGUACAUCACUAGCAACAAUGUUAGAGGCUGUUUCUCAUAAUCCUGUUAUCUUAACCUAUAUGGACUGAUGAUUAACAUCAUUAAAAUGUUUAUGUAAAUCA